AUGUACUUAAAUCACAGUGGAAAAUCGUUCAUCAAAGAUGCGCUGAAAUACAUGGCCCAUGGACUUCGCCACAAGUUCAGCUGCGUCAGCCGCAAGUGUCUGGCCGUGAAAGAGAUGGUGUUCCAGCUGCAGCGCGAGUGUUACGUCAAACACAACCUCUGCUCUGCCGUGAGGGAGAACGUCAACGUCAUGGUGGAGAUGAUCCACUUCAAGGACCUAUUUCCUAAAGGGCCCCAUGUGGAGUUAGUAAACAUCCUGUUGGGAUGCGGCGAGGAGGUGCGCGUCGCCAUCGCCCGCCGAAUACGAACUCAGUGUGAGCAGAACUGGGGAGCUCUGUGCGGGAGUCUGAGUCUCUGUGCAAUCGGAAAGAUGCAGAACCAGGCCAGUUCCACCCUCGCCCCUGUCCCAGACAUCACCACUCCAUCGGGAGCCAGCGGCAACUCCCUUCCUCCCGCGAGCCCGCUUCUCCCUGAGGCUGACGGGGAAACGGUUUGGACACUCACAGAAAGAGAUGAAGAUGAAAAUCAGUCCUCAGGUCCUCAACACAACGCCUCUGAUGCCGAAAAAGAGCUAAAGAGGUCUCUGAAUGCCACCAAAAGGAGGUGAAGGGAAGGGGAUUCUCAGUGCCUUCCGCCCACACGUCCAAAAAGGCUCGUUCAGUGCUCUCCUUCCCUGCCUCGCUCAAGGACAAAUAAGCUGCAGUCUCCAGUGGUUCUAUAAGAGCACCAGCGAUGACAGGGUAUUUCAAUGUGAUGAUACAUUUAGAGCUGCCAUCGUCAUUGUGUUUGAUUUGUAGGUCAUUCUGUGAGAACAUGGACUGGUACAAUAUUUGAUAGGAGUCUCAAAGAUUUCAGUGGCGUUUCACCCUUUGUAGAUGUAUUUGUAGAUUGUGGACUAAGUGCAUUCCUCAGACUGCAGACUCUUCAGAAGGCUUAAGUGAGUCUGUCAGGCUGCAAUUCUGAAUAGCAUGAUUAGGCCUUGUGUUUUGUGAUGACAUCAUUCCAUCUGCUCAGUAUUUGUCUGCUUUGAAGCAAGGCCAUUUGGGUGAACAUCACGAAAACAUGUCUGGGUCACAUUU